GGGUUGGAGUUAAAUAAAAGAACCCUGUUUCUACCAGAAGGAUGCCUUGGUUUACGCAUUUUCUUAGAUAACGCACUUAAUAAUACUUUCAUGAUCAGCGUAAAGACGCAAUAGAUAAUAUCAUGAGACACAAUGGUAGAUGCAAUAUGUAGAAAGCAUUCAUAUCUUCGACUGUGAGAGGUGUUUGUGAUUUCAUCUUAUUUUUCGGCCCAAACUAUCAAGUGGAUGAUAGUGGAUCAAGAUACUUUUGCUGCAGACCUAUCACGUAGAUCUAUGUACAACUGAUGUGUAAACAUUUUUUACUGAAAAAAAAAAGAAAGAAAAAUAGUUUUAAUGAACAUUCACUACGGACUUUUCAUUGAGCAAGCUAUCUACAAUUUCACCAACCAGGGAGGUGUAUAUAAACAGUUUAUCACACAUUCGCGUAAACUACCCUAUAGGCCUAUACCCUAAGGGCUAACUAGCGCCAUUUUAGCCUUAACUAUAGGCGUACAGGCAUUCAUUGUGUACAUUUGUGUGUGUGUGUUACUUCGUUUUCUGAUCAAAACUAAGACACAUUCUUGAAUUUCUAAGCUUGGAUUUGUUGCAACGGAUUGAAAAUGAUGAUCAGUAGUAUAGAAAAACUGACUGGGUCAGUUGAAGAAAGUCUUCAAGAUUUCACGUCUCCAGUUAAGCAUGAGAAGAAAAAGAAGAAGAAAAAAGGGCAGGAUGAAAUGGGAGAGCUUAAACGUGAGUUGGAAAUGGACGAGCAUAAAAUUCCCCUGGACAUUUUGUUUGCAAGACUUGGCUCAGAUCCAGUAAAUGGACACACUCCAGAGAGGGCUGCAGAAAUUCUUGCUAGAGAUGGAAUGAAUCAACUGACUCCUCCCAAAUCUACCCCAGAAUGGAUCAAGUUCUGUAAGACUAUGUUAGGAGGAUUUGCUCUCUUGCUAUGGAUUGGCAGUAUACUGUGUUUCAUUGCUUAUGCCAUACAGGCAGGACAACAAGACAAUCCUCCUGGUGAUAAUCUUUACCUUGGUAUAGUAUUGGCUGGUGUUGUUAUUAUUUCUGGAGUAUUUUCAUAUUACCAAGAAGGGAAGAGCUCACGAAUAAUGGAUUCUUUUAAAAACUUGGUGCCACAGAGUGCCUUGGCAAUCAGAGGUGGAGAAAAGAUGAAUGUUUUGGCAGCACAUUUGGUUGUUGGGGAUUUAGUUGAAGUCAAGUUUGGAGAUCGUAUCCCAGCAGAUAUUAGAAUUAUUUCUGCACAUGGAUUUAAAGUAGAUAACUCUUCACUCACUGGAGAAUCAGAACCACAGUCCAGGUCAACAGAAUGCACACAUGAUAAUCCAUUAGAAACUAAAAACAUUGCUUUUUUUUCUACAAAUGCUGUGGAGGGUACUGCUGUAGGUGUGGUCAUUCGAGUUGGCGACAACUCAGUCAUGGGUCGCAUUGCCAAUUUAGCUUCAGGUCUGGAAGUAGGAGAGACACCCAUUGCCAAAGAGCUGUCUCACUUCAUACACAUCAUCACGGCUGUUGCUGUUUUCUUGGGUGUCCUCUUCUUCAUAAUUGCCUUUUUCUUUGGUUACUUUUGGCUGGACGCAGUCAUCUUUCUGAUAGGCAUCAUCGUAGCCAAUGUGCCAGAGGGACUUCUUGUCACAGUCACUGUGUGCUUAACACUGACUGCCAAACGUAUGGCCAAGAAAAAUUGUUUGGUCAAGAAUCUGGAAGCUGUGGAAACACUGGGAUCCACUUCGACCAUUUGCUCUGAUAAGACUGGAACUCUGACUCAGAACAGAAUGACAGUAGCUCAUAUGUGGCUUGAUGGACGCAUCAUUGAAGCUGAUACUAGGGAAGAUGAAUCCAGUGGUGUUAUUUCAAGUGAUGAUGUGACCUGGAAGUGCUUGUCUAGAAUUGCCAUGCUGUGUAGUCGUGCAGAGUUCAAACCUGGUCAGGAGAAGCUGCCAGUUCUGAGAAGGGAAUGUAAUGGUGAUGCUUCAGAAUCAGCUCUGUUGAAAUGUGUUGAAAUGACAGUUGGCAAUGUGAUGGAAUAUCGUGAGCAACAUAAGAAAGUUAUUGAAAUUCCAUUCAACUCAACCAACAAAUUUCAGGUGUCUAUUCAUGAGAACACAGAACCAGGUAGAAGCUCUCAUUAUUUACUGGUGAUGAAGGGGGCACCAGAAAGAAUUCUUGAGUGUUGCUCUACCAUCUUGAUGAAUGGAAAUGAAGAACCUUUGUCUGAGAAGUACAAAGUGGCUUUUAACAGUGCUUACUUACAGCUGGGUAGUCUUGGAGAGAGAGUCUUAGGUCUUUGUGACUACAUAUUGCCUGCUUCCCAGUUCCCACUUGGUUUUCAGUUUGAUGCAGAGACUCAAAAUUUUCCUGUCUCUGGCCUUCGCUUUGUUGGCUUGAUGUCCAUGAUUGACCCACCCAGAUCAGCUGUCCCUGGUGCUGUGGCCAAAUGUAGGAGUGCUGGUAUUAAGGUCAUUAUGGUGACUGGUGAUCAUCCCAUCACUGCAAAGGCUAUUGCUAUAGGUGUUGGUAUAAUCUCUGUGGACAGUAAGACAGUGGAAGACAUAGCAGCUGAGAGAGGGAUACCUGUGGAAGAGGUAGAUCCAAGGGAGGCCAAAGCUGCAGUUAUUCAUGGUGGAGAGUUGAAAGACAUGACUCCAGCUCAGAUUGAUAAAGUUUUGUCUACACAUUCUGAGAUAGUCUUUGCUCGUACAUCACCUCAGCAGAAGUUGAUCAUCGUAGAGGGAUGUCAGAGACAAGGACAGAUUGUGGCUGUAACGGGUGAUGGCGUUAAUGAUUCUCCUGCCCUUAAGAAAGCUGAUAUUGGUAUUGCCAUGGGUAUUACUGGCAGCGACGUCAGUAAGCAGGCUGCUGACAUGAUCCUCUUGGAUGAUAACUUUGCAUCAAUUGUUACUGGUGUUGAGGAAGGACGUCUCAUCUUUGACAACUUAAAGAAGUCCAUCGCCUACACUCUGACCUCAAACAUUCCCGAAAUUUCUCCUUUCCUGAUAUUCCUCCUUGCGGACAUUCCCCUUCCUCUUGGCACCAUCACCAUCUUGUUUAUUGACCUUGGAACUGACAUGGUGCCUGCCAUCUCACUGGCAUAUGAACAAGCUGAAUUAGACAUUAUGAAGAGGUAUCCUCGUGACCCUAAGAAAGACAGGCUGGUAAACGACAGACUUAUCAGUGUUUCCUAUGGACAGAUAGGGAUGAUAGAGGCUUGUGCUGGCUUUUUCACUUACUUUGUAGUCAUGGCUGAACAAGGGUUUCUGAUGGAUCGCCUGGUUGGCUUGAGGGUUGAGUGGGACUCCCCUGGCAUCAAUAACCUUCAAGAUUCCUAUGGACAAGAAUGGACAUUUGCCCAACGCAAGAAACUAGAGUACACUUGUUACUCUGCAUUUUUUGUCUCCAUUGUUGUAGUCCAGUGGUUUGACCUGAUCAUCCGUAAAACAAGGCGGCUGUCCAUUAUACAACAUGGAAUGAAGAAUCAUUACUUGACAUUUGGCUUGUUUUUUGAGACUGCACUUGCAGCAUUUUUGUGUUACUGUCCAGGUCUGAAUGAAGGUCUUCACAUGCAGCCUCUAAGGUUUACCUGGUGGCUGUGUGCUCUGCCCUAUGGUAUCUUAAUCUUCUUUCUCGAUGAAGGGAGGCGGCUUUUACUGCGAAGAUCUCCUGGAGGAUUUAUAGAAAGAGAGACCUAUUAUUAGCCAUGGCCCUAGCAGGCAAAGAAAUUACAGGCUCUGUCAGUCUGUUAUAUAUAUCCAUAAAUUUGAUAUCCUUACAAAUGUUUUCUAAGUUUACAUUAAAUUCACUUUGAUGCUAUUUUACUGUAAAUGCUUGGAAAUUUGUGUUAUAUAUACAAAUGUAAUUAACAUGUAUCCAGGACUUUAUAUGAAUAUGUCUGCAUAAGUCAUGCUAGCUAUUAAUGUUUACUGUAAAGACUAUAUCAUGCAUUUUUUUAAAUAUUUACUGCAUUUUAUCCAGUUGUAUUGGAAUGCUAAGUAAAUGUGUUUACAGUAUUUUAUCCAGUUGUAUUGGAAUGCUUGUGAAAUUGGAUAAAUGCUAUGUAUCCAACUAUGAUGUUUAUUUUUAAUUGACAUUUAUUUGACAAUAUUUUCUGCUGAGAUUUUUUCUCAUUUAUGCAUUUAAAAUUUUUAAUAGCAUUUAUCUCAACCCAAAGUUAAAAUGGCUUUGUGAAGUGUAUAAAGAAUCAUAGUUUGAUAAGUGGUGGUGAUCAUUAUAAAUCAGUAGUCAAAUCAGUAGUCAAAGAAAGGCUUACUUCUUGUUUGUGUGUAGUGUACUAACUUUGAAUUGUUAAUACCAUUACUGUAUCUGAUGUUUUCUAUUCCUCUCAUGCAGGAGGUUUGAGUACUUACCAAAUUGAUCUUUCUGAUAUCUGAAAGUUUACAUUUGAGCAAGUAUACAGAUGUCCACAAUAUCAUGUUUGUUUUCUAUAUUUCUUGUUACUGAUAGAGGAUCUCAUUGCUUUUAAAAAAACUCAUUACAAAUGAGGAUACUGCACUUUGAAUGAAAUUAUUAUUUAAAAACAAAUUACAUUUUGUUAAAAGAAAUUAAAUUUAU